AUGGACUCCAAAGACCGGCAGUUGUACGAUGUCCCAGCAGGUUCCCUACCACCACCAAGCUACUCAGAGGCAACUACAACAGAUCCCCUCACAACAGAUGGCUUUGUGUCUCCUAUGACAACGACCUCAAGCCCAGUCGCCUUUAAUGUCUCGGUGUCACCAAUGGCCAUAACGCCUAUAACCUCUCGAUCGGCCGAGUCAUUUACAUUACCGCCUCUUACGGGAACGGAUCUCGACUCUCGCAACUAUAGUACACUCGAAGUAGCACACGCCCCUCGAGUUGACUCUGAUUGCCUUCCACAGGCUGUCAUGCAUGAUGCGCCCGAACUUGCUCUCGUGGAAUACGCUCAUAAUCGCGAUAAUCUACCUAUCAGUGUAACGUUACAAACAAAUACUGAAUAUGCUUCUGGCUUGGAAGUCAUACCUGCUCCCCCAGUCUCAAAUACUGUAACACCUCUGCAUCUCCUUGGGGACCAACCCGAAGCCAUCGAUUGUCCGUUCUGUCUACGCCGAAGCGAAACAAGAGUGAAGAAGAAGCCGUCAAGCACAACUCACCUACAAGCGGUUGCGCUACUGAUGACAACAGUCUGUGGAGCAGUCGCUCCAUAUAUGGCGAAGUGGUCAUUCGACAUUGAACACAUCUGCGACAACUGCCAAAAUAGGGUCAUGUAUAAGGCAAAAGGGAAGGAUAUAAGGAUUUGCAAAGCCCCGGAAGCCUGGAAGGAGGAGUCGAAGUACCCUGGUGUUAGUUCUAGUAUGAGUCCGGUAACCCAGUGA